AGUUCAAGGCAUCGGAAUGGAUACGGAAAUAGUUGCGAAGGCAGGGAGAGGGAAGAACAGAGAGUCUUAUAAGGAAAAGCCAGAUCAUGUUUUCUUUAAUUGGCGCCAAAUUUGCGGUGAUUAGAGGAAAUUAUGAUCCGGUGCUCUCUGGCAGAGAGAAAUCGCCAUAUCAUCCUCACGCCGGAGCUCUUUCUCCUUCCUUAGAUAUAAACCCUAAUUUAUAACUUCCAUCUCCACACCCGCACACCAAGUCCAGCAGCCUGCUCUGUAUCUUCAGAUUAUAAAGAACCAUUUCUGGGAAAGCAAUGGCAGUUGCACUUUAUGACCUUGGUUCGGCAGCAGGACUGAAGAAGCUCGAUGAACACCUCCUCACACGUAGCUACAUAACUGGGUACCAAGCUUCAAAGGAUGACAUCACUGUCCAUGAAGCACUUCCAGGGUCCCCGUCAUCUGAAUUCAUCAAUGUAUCUAGGUGGUAUAACCACAUUGAGGCUCUAUUGAGGAUUGCUGGUGUUUCUGCAGAAGGAUGUGGUGUUAUUAUUGAGGGUUUUGCUCCAAUCGCUGAGGAGGCAGUGGCAACUCCCCCUGUUGAUGAAACAAAGGCUGCAGCUGCAGAGGAUGAUGAUGAUGAUGAUGUAGAUUUGUUUGGUGAAGAGACUGAAGAGGAGAAGAAGGCUGCUGAGGAACGUGCAGUUGCCGUCAAGGCAUCUGCAAAGAAGAAAGAAUCUGGCAAGUCAUCUGUGCUGUUGGAUGUGAAGCCAUGGGAUGAUGAGACUGACAUGCAAAAGCUCGAGGAAGCAGUAAGAAGCAUCCAAAUGGAAGGGUUGCUUUGGGGAGCAUCCAAGCUCGUACCUGUGGGCUAUGGUAUAAAGAAAAUGCAAAUUAUGAUGACUAUUGUGGACGAUUUGGUUUCGGUUGACACCCUCAUUGAGGACCAUCUUACGGUUGAACCGGUGAAUGAAUAUGUCCAGAGCUGUGACAUUGUUGCUUUCAACAAAAUAUGACUUACGUGACAUAUUGAGGUUGUGCCUGAGUGUUUUCUCAUCGACUUUGUAGCCGAUAUUUGGUGUCUAAUCUCCCUGAGUUCUUUACAGAACUAGAUGGAAGAGACGUAUCUCUAUCUUCAUGGAUUCGAAUCUGUAUAUUUAUUUGGUUAAUGUAGCUAUGUUACAACUGUCGUCUUGAUCUUUUAUUCUUUCGAUGUUGUGUCACACAACAGUAUUUGCUUUGGAAAUAAAAUUUUGAUCGAACCUCUGAGGCUACA